AUGGCGGCGGCGGCGGCGGGGCCGUGGCCGGAGCUGGAGGCGGCGGCGCGGGAGCGGCGGCGGGAGCUGUCGCUGUCGGGCGCGGCGGUGGCGGAGCGGGUGGCGGCGGGCGGCGGGCGGCUGCCGGAGGCGCUGCUGGCGCUGCCGCUGCUGCAGUCGCUGGAGCUGAGCGGCUGCGCGGCGCUGCGGGAGCUCGGCCCGGGCGUGGCGGCCGCGCUGCCCGCGCUGCACACGCUGGUGCUGAGCCGCAACGCGCUGGGCCCGGCCGGGCUGGGCGAGGGGCUGGGCGGGCCCCUGCCCGCGCUCCGCCUGCUCGACCUGUCCGGGAACGGGCUGGAGGCGCUGCCCGCCGCGCUCGGAGGGACGGGCGGCGGCGCGGGGGACGCGGCCCCGGCCUUCCCGCAGCUGCGCAGCCUCAACCUGAGCGCGAACCGGCUGCGGGAGCUGGGCCCGGGGCUCGCCCGCGCGGCCCCGCAGCUGCAGGAGCUGCUGCUAUCCGGGAACCGGCUGCGAGCGCUGCCCGGAGGGCUCCUGGCCCCCGACGGGCCGCCCGCGCCCUUCCCGCUGCUCAGCCGCCUGGACGCGGCCGACAACGAGGUGGCCGAGCUGGGCGCGGACAUCGCGGCGCUGCCGGCGCUCAAGAGCCUGGACGUGGCCAACAACCAGCUGCGGGAGCUGCCUGCCGCGCUGGCCGACUGCCCCCGCCUGAAGGAGGCCAACUUCAAGGGCAACCAGCUGAGGGACAAGCGGCUGGAGAAGAUGGUCAAUGGGUGCCAGACCAAGGCCAUUCUGGAGUACCUAAGGGCCGGGGGACGUGGGAAGGGGAAGGCUGAGACUGGCAGAGAGGACGUCAGGAAGAAGAAGAGGGAGAAGCAGCAGAAGAAGGACGGCGGGGAUGGGGAGCAGGAUGAGGUGGAAGAGGCGAGCAAGCUGCUGGUGAAGGUUCUGCACGUCUCUGAGAACCCAGCGCCUUUGGUGGUCAAAGUGAGCCCGGGUGUCAAGGAUGUGCGAGCCUUCAUCGUGUGCUGUGUGCUGAAAGGAGUGAACUUAAAGCCGGGCAAUGCUCUCAAGAGGUUCCUGACCAUGCAGACCAAGCUGCACGAGGACAUCUGUGAGAAGCGCACAGUGGCCACCAUUGCCACCCACGACUUGCAGCUGGUCAAAGCUCCUCUGACAUAUGAUGUUCAGCCUCCUGAUGAGCUCAAGAUCACACCCCUGGCUCGGAAGGAGAUCAAGGCCAAGGAUCUUCUGCGGCAGCUGCAGCUGGAGGCUGAGGAGCAGCGGAAGCAGAAGAAGCGUCAGAACGUCUCUGGGCUGCACAGGUACCUGCAGCUGCUGGAUGGCAAGGACAGCUACCCGUGCCUGGUGGAUGCUGAAGGUGCUGUGAUUUCCUUCCCACCAAUAACCAACAGUGAGAAAACAAAGAUUAGAAAAGAGACCCGGGACCUGUUUCUGGAAGUGACGAGUGAUACCAGUUUACAGAUCUGCAAAGAUGUCAUGGACACCCUUAUCCUGAAAAUUGCAGAGCUGAACAGAUCUGCCUUGGAGAACAAGGAAGGCUCUGGCUCAGAUAUGGAAUCGGAUGCUCUCUGUGGACCAGGGAAUUUGAACCUGCCCUUGGUGGUGGAGCAGGUGCGAGUGGUGGACAUGGAUGGGAACUUGAAAGUACUUUAUCCUUCCAAAACUGACCUGGCCACAGUGGCCUCUCUGCUGACUGUGAUCCGUUAGCAGCUGCCUGAGCUGAGAGAGGAUUCCAUUGCCUUUAUUUGGGUUUUUUUACGUAUAUU